UCUCCAAAUGGCUUGAAGAAGAAAGAAAAGGACCCAAAGUCCUCCACUCCUGAACACUAAAGACACAGGAGAACCAGAGAGAAAGCAGAACAGGGAUACGGAGGAAAGAUUUCUCCAUCACCUGACAUGUGGAGCUUUAACAUGGGAUGAGCUCCUGACAUCAGUGACUUAAGGAACUUCCUGUUUAUGGGCAGCUGUGCCCCAGUGUAUCCUGACUGAGAGCCUGACCAGAUCCUGGCCUCUGAGCUCUGAUCCCUAACCCUGGAGGGGCAGGGGGGUCUACGGGGAGAAAAUGCGGUGCACCACCCUCUUGGCCCUGCUGACGGGGGUCAUGCUGUACCUAGUGAUGGGAGCACUUGUUUUCCGCACCCUGGAGGCCCCUGAUGAGAGUUCGGCGUACAAAGGCCUGCUUGCCACCAAGCACACCUUCCUUGAUAAUAAGUCCUGUGUCACAGAGCUGGACUUCCACAAGCUUGUGAAGGAAGUGGUGUUUGCGGUGGAGGCAGGCCUGGAUGUGAGUCUUCCUGACAACUUCACCAGCCGCUGGGACCUGGCCUCUGCCUUCUUCUUCUGUGGUACCAUCAUUACCACCAUAGGUUUUGGGAACUUGUCUCCUCGGACGUGGUACGGCCAGUUGUUCUGCGUGUGCUACGCACUGGUGGGCAUCCCCAUGUUUGGCAUACUACUUGCUGGAGUGGGUGACCACAUGGGCACAGUGCUGCGGAGAGCUGUGGCCAAGAUUGAGACCCUCUUCCUGGUGAGAAUGAAACGUAAGGUCAGGCCGACCACUGUGCGCGUGAUCUCAGCGGUUCUCUCCAUCCUGAUUGGUUGUCUGAUCUUCGUCGCCGUGCCAACAGUCGUGUUUCAGAAAGUGGAGGACUGGUCGUUUCUGGAGUCGCUCUACUUUGUGGUCAUCACUCUCACUACUGUUGGCUUCGGAGACUACGUACCAGGUGACGGUCAUGAAGGCAUGUUCUUCAAGCCUCUGGUGUGGUUGUGGAUAGUGUUUGGUCUCGCAUACUUUGCCUCCAUCCUCACCAUGAUAGGCAACUGGUUGAGGGUGCUGUCUAAGAGGACCCGCGCUGAGAUGGAGGAGUUGAGGGCCCACGCUACAGACUGGACCCAGAACAUCCAGAACAUGUCUGUGGACUUCCGCAUCCCAAACCCUCUGGAGUUCAACGACCCUUUCCUCCUGCAGCGCCGGCGCUGGAAACGCAGCGAGCGUCGCCGCAUCCGUCGGGGAGCCCAGGGCACUCUGGGACAGUGGGCUCGAGGGGGAUCUGAGAAUGGACACCUGCCAAACCGCUGGGCCGGCCUCUCCAUCUCAAUGAGCCAACUGGAGGCCCAUUCGUCUCUUGAGAGGGCGGUGGUGGCCAAAUCCAGGCCACGGGUCAGUAUUGCUGGAGGUGGAACAGUCCCGAGAGUGGGGUCUGGAUUGAGGGUUGACCCCGCUGUGGGUCUGCAGGUCGAGGGCAGGUCGUUCCCUCACCUGCCGGCCCGCUCAUUCUCCCUCCCUGUGGCCUGCUCCACCUCAAAGCUGGACUCAGCAGGUGCAGCAAUGCAGGGAGGAUCCCUCUCUGGAUCUGAGUCUCCUUUUGACUCCAGAUCAGACUGCUCCUCGGUCUCCUCCUCCUUCAUGGAGCCCAGCAGGUUCCAGCCCUGCCGUACAGACAGCAGCAUGGAGGAGGGAGGAGUGAGAGCCACACACAUGAACACAGCACAAGAGAAAGACAAACUGAUUCCAGCAGAGAAAUGUGGAUCUGUAGCAAACAAUAGCCACAAACACGCAGCUGCCCCUGGUUUACUCCCUCGCUCCUCCCCUCCUCCCCCCUUUCUUCCUCCUUCUCGCCAGCGAAUCCUCCUUCCCUCCCCUCCCCUCAACAUUGCCUCCUCAUCUGGCUGCCAGCUGCUGGAUUUCUUUGGAGAGAACCUGGCGUACAUUGACGAGUCCUCAGACACUCUGAGUGACCGCGUCCAGCCAGCAGUGAGCGAGGAGAGGAGGAGACGGCCUCGAAAGCCCAAGAGGAGGAGCAUGAGGAGGCAGCUGUCACACAGUUGCAGCCCCCUGCAGGUGAAGAGGCCUAACAUUGACAUGCAGCCGCCAUCAAAUCCCCCAACACCACCUCCAGACUCUUCUCUUUCAGACCAGCCCCCAUCAGAGAACCAGACAGGUUCAGCUCUGACACUCUGACAGCCACCACACUCACAAUAUGGUGCCAAAGUCAAGAUGUGACAGAACAUAAUAGUCCACAACAAAGCUGUGGGUUUACAGCAGACUUGACACUCCUACCACUUAGAACACAUAUCACACCAUCAUGAAUGUAGUUAAUGUUCCAGGAUAUUUUUAGUAUUUAUGGUUAGCCUCACAAAGUCACUGAUCUUUGCUUAGAUUUUCAAACCGUAAACAAGACUAAGAGUCUACAGCUGUGAAACUGUACUGAAGCACAGCGGUGCUUUGAGCUUAAUGCUAAUGUUAGCAUGCUAACAUGCUCACAAUGGCAAUGCUAACAUGCCGAUGUUUAGCAGGUAUAAUGUUUACCAUGUUCACUAUCUUUGUUUAGUUAGAUGGCGCCAGUUGAGAAGUCAGGCAGUCACAAGUUAUUAGGGGUCUGACUCGAUACCCACACUUAACGUCUUUUGAGAAAUCUGUUCCAUCCUUCAAAAUGUUAUCAGACACAAACCCUCAAAAUAAUAUAAUGUUAGGUCUCUUUUAUGUACAGUAGACCUACGUGCUUCUAGAUAACUGUAUUUCAUCGCUUUGUUACUAGUAUUCCUGAUCCUCCUUAUUUGUUCCUACAAAUAAUCUGAGCUCGAUUCUUACACGUACAGUAUUUGCAUUUGCUCGAGUGACUGGAUGUCCUUUAAUAAUUUAUCAAGUUGAGUUAAUCAAGCGAGUACCAGUGAGCUCUGAUAAACUUCCACGUGCUUGUGGUCUUAACAGGAACUUGGGCACUGUGGCAAUUAAUGGAAAUAUGUACACAAGUAGGCACUUGCAUAUUCACAAAUACCUUAAGUGUGGGUAUUGGGACGGACCUUUCAAUUCUAAAGGAGGACAUGAAUGAUGUCUGUACCAACUUUCAUGACAGUCCAUCCAGUAGUUGUUGAGAUAUUUCAGUCAGGACUAAACCGACCAACAUUGCCAGGUUGCGCCUACAUUUUUCUCAAAAAACGAUUUUUAAAUAAAACUAGACAGACUGAAAAACAGGCCUUUCAAAUGAGGGAAUCAGGCUUCCUUUUAAAACCAACUACACCUGGUGUAUGUACGCAGUUGGUCAUAAGUUUUAGUGGUUUAAAGAGGCUAUGAGUCACAUCAUUAUCCAUCAUUACACAUAAUUAUCUCCUUUCUCCUCCUUUCAGCCGCUGAGCUCAAUCGAUUCUUGGCAGACGUAUUCAACACUUUUGGCAACCGGCUAAUAGCUUCAGAUUCAGUGCAGGGUUUCCCGCAGUGAUUUAUAGCUGAGGUGGGCCACCUCGCUUGAAACAAGACAAGAAAAAAAAUGAAUACACUGUUAGGAAAUACAACAUUGAAAGGGGAAAAAGAACAGUUUAGGAUGUCAUCUACUAACAAAAAUUGAUCACAAGACAUGAUGCAUCAGGAUCUGGGUGGCUUACCACCUCGGCUGAAAAAAGAAAAUCCCUGGGGAAAACCCUGCAGUGGGUGGAGAACCUGAACCACAACAACAGUACAAUAGUAUCAAAGCACGACAGGGCCUCCACUCACCCUCAGACCAGUGUCAGCCCUCUGUGUAAUGAAAGUCCUGACUAUUGAAAACUGUCUUUAAGAUUGAAACUGUCCAGUUGUUUGAGGGAUGAAGUAGGUGGCCAACUAUUUCCCCUAAAGGCUCUUUGAUCUGCUGGUUCACGAAACUGCUCUUGAAUGUUUUUAAGGGUUAAAAAGGGUAAAAGUCAGACCAAGUUACGGUCCACUGCUGCAUGAUAAAACUUUUGUGCUCCUUACACCAUGAUAAGCAUCAUUGUGUGCUGGCCUUGGAUAUACGUGGUCAGAGGGCUAUUAAAGCAACACUAAGGUUAUUUUUAAGUUUGUGGUGUUUACCAACUAUACUAUCAAGUGUCCUUAAGUCACUGUUGGCAAGAUCCUGCUUAUGACCACUUUUCCUCUUGGCUGAUACUGUUUGUUAGUGUUUUAUUAUUUUUAAAGACUCUACCCCUUGUGACAUAAAUAAUUCUGCCGGCUUUUCAACUUGUGUAUACACCUUUCAAGUACUGUACUAUUUGUCCUCAGUUGAACCCUGUUAAAUGUCUCAUAAUGUCUUUAAGUGACACGUUAAAGUGACGAUUAUCAGACCUCUCUUAAAACACACACACACACACACACACACACAAAACUGUUUGACAUUAACCUUAACAGGACUCGCCUGUGCAGAUGCCUUUGUGACAAUUUCUCCAUGUGGCGUUUUUGACCACUGUCAACGCAUUCAACGUGUUUGUUAGACAUCAAGGAUGCACACAAUGUGUUUUGGUGAGUAACAGUGAAUGUAAACAAACUUGGUUUACAAGAAAACUCCACAGGGCACCUUUUAAUUUGUACAAAGCCUGCAGUGCCUAUGCAGUCAUGUUGAGUGAUAUAAAACCGAACUGGUGUCCCAAUUUCAUACUACCUACUAAGCUGUUUUUAAGUGUGUUUCAAAAUACAGUACACUUUUAUAGGAUUCAGACUAUAACACAGUUGAUUUUCGAGUGUACUGUUAAUGUACGCUUGUCCCACAAUCCAAUGCAAAAACGAAAUGGAGGCUCUAUUGAGAAAAAGAAAAAGUAGUAAAUUGUGACAGACUCCAGAAAGAUUUUGGAAAACAAACAAAUCUCUAGAAAGAUAUUUUGGUUUCUCUUUGUAAAUUUCAGUUUGAUGUAUUAUAUCAUUUCCUUACAGUAUAAAAAGGUAUGUAUGGUAAAAUGUCUUGUAUACUAACUGCAAAAACAUUAUACAAACAAGAUUAGUCUAUAGUACAUGCUGUAUACACUUAAUAUGCAGUUUAAGAUUGGGACACAGUCUGUUGUUGCCACUGGAGAGCAGGAGAUGUGAAAUGACCUGAACUCUGAAAGUCCUGAAUGAACUCUACGUUCCUGCUUACUCAGAACCAGGAACUACGACAAGAGGCUAUCGUGGCAUUAUGCCCUCCACCAGGGCCAAAAUAAGUAAGUGACUGAAUCCACACUCAAAUUCAGGCUCCCGCAUAUUUUGUCAUUUGUUGACAGAGGGCUGGAAGGAGAAGGAUAUUCACAUGGCACUGGACUGGUGUGCUGACUAUAACCCAUCAGCAACAUUGUCAGUUUGACUCUGACUCCUGACAUAUGAAGGACGUUUUUACUCUGUUUCUUUUAAUUCUUCUUAAUAGACAAUAAAAAAGAAGGUGGAGAGUCAGGAUAUUUGAAUUGAUGACUCAAGACUUCAUCAGUUUAAAUAUGUGGCCUUAAACUCUCACUUUUCAGAUUUAUGUAACAUGCUCAAAUUAACGGUCCAUUUAGCUCCAAAAAACAGCAAACCGAACUUUUUAAAAGUCACUAAUUUACAAGAUUUAGUGUGAGAUUUGCAAAUGUUUUCAUAUUCAUUUACUCUGGUAAAGCACCACUAAAUGCCUGUCUAAUAAUGCCUCACUAACUGCUAAUUUUAAAUACAUUUACACAUUUUCUUUGCUAAUCUUAAAUCAAAUAGUAAAUGUUGAAUGUAAACUCAAUGUAAAAUCUAAACCCUUAAUCUAAAUAUCUAAAUAAUAAUAUCCUAAAUGUAAAUCUAAACGUUAUACUCUUAAUUAUAGGUUAGUUCGUUUUUAUUCCGUGUCAUGCCAAAUAUUUGACCCGUCUUGCAUCAGAUCACAACAAUGUAUCACACAUUAAAAAUAUAAGACAUCUUACGAUAACACAUAUACAAAACCAAAAGAAAAACCUCAAUCAUAUUACGUAUUACAUAAUAUUACAUCUAUGUACUCAAAUAAUGUGUUUAUGUGCAGAAUCUAAACUAAAUUGUGCACCGAAAAGCAGAAUAAAGAAAAGAAAAAUGCUACAAGUCUGAUAAAGGUCUUUUUCUCCAAGUAACUGGGUAACUUAAAUGUUCAGUAUGUGAAUAGUCUUUGUGAAUAAUCCUCCUCAAUUUCUGUCUUUAUUUUACUAACAAAACCUUUCUGGUUCCCAGUAAAAAGGACAAAAGAAAACUCCAAACUCCAGUUUAAACACAGAGUGGUAAAAUAACAGAGCUUAACCAGGCACAUAAAGAUCUUUGCUUCUACUUGUAGGAAUAUAGGAUGUAAUAUUUACAAUAUUUAUGAUAUGACUUUAAUAUUCAGAUUUAAGUUUUAGAUUAAUAAUAUUUAAAGUGUGAUUUGAGUAUCAUUAUAUUGUUAAACUAAAUGUGGCAAAAUGGGCUAUUAAUUUGAGCAUGUUACACUUAACAAAGGGAGCCUAUAACUUUAUAGCUGUGUAAAACAGUGUUCUUCAUUUGAUAUGACUUUGCAGUAAGUUCAGCUCAAUACAGAUAGAUUGAACUGCUUAAUGUCACUCUUUUCUUUGAAUCAAAUCAGCCUGCCAUGAAUGCAAAGAAAGAAAUAAUAGAAAUGUCGCCCUCAUCUGUUUAAAGAGAGGACAGCCAGGCCUCUGUGGGUUUGGCCUCUCAGCUGUUUUGUCCCAAUAGGCCUUCAAGUACAGCUCUGGUCUCCAACUUUGACUGCUCGACGAAUAUGGCUUGAAUAAUGCUGAGGCCACAGAUCGGUAUCUCCUGUUUACUCCUGUGUCUCAUUACUGCUCUGCUGCUUGUAUAACUUUUUUUAUUUUGUGUUUAUGGUGUCCUGUUGCCCCGAGAGCUGUAUUUUAAUUUAACUGCCAGAAAUAAAUAGGAACAAUUUCAAUCUA